GGAAUUCGUAUUUGCCAGACAAGAAAAAACAACUCAGAGGUGAUGUCAUCUCCAUUUUGAAAAGGAAAAAUUAAUACCAAGAAUGACUAAAAUUGUAUGUAUUUAUGAGAAUCGAAAGGGGGACUUGAUGUGAUAAAGUGUAUUCAUCCAUAGUUUUUCACUGUUUCCACCUUACGCUCAUUCCACUCCCUCGUCACUCCCAAGACUAACCUGUUCAACUUGUCCACACUGGGAUGACAAGAGUGGGUGGAGGAAUUCUUUCACAGUAGAGUGAACCAUAGGCUGAGGAGGACAAGAGCAGGUGGAGUAGGCGGAGCUGGAGGCCAUGGAGGCAGACAGCACAGAGGACAUUGAGUUUCUCAUAGAGGACAUGGACUACAUCCCUGGUCACUUCCACCUGGAGCUCAACCUCAACUGUGACCCUGUUGGGCCUGUGAAGCUGAGACUCAGGGACACUUACUUAAAACAGGAGAGCCUGAGAGGCGAACUAGAGGCUGAAACUGGAUAUCUGCAGUACGCCGUCCGAAAUCUGCUGGGCCUACUGGCUUUUCACCUCGAACAUCUGGACGCAGCUGAGGAAAUAUUCAGAAGCAUCUGUAAAGAAGACCCUGGUAACCUGAAUGCAUGGGCCAACCUGGGUUAUGUGUACGACAAGCUGGGGAGAGAGCUGGACACAGCUGAGUGUGUGGAGAAAGUGUCCCACCUUAUGGGCUUAGAUGGUGGAGAGGCCUCUCAGGAAGAGGCCAGGCUCCUGGCGGCUCGUUGUCUGGCUGAGCAGGCCUAUGUGUAUCCCCAUGAUGUGGAACUGGACAAUGAGGACGACCUGAGGGAAAGGCUGACGGCGGCACUAACACUUUUCAACAGAGCUCUGGACUAUGGGGGUCACCUGAUACCAAUAGAGGAAAAACGAAGCUGGUAUUUUAAAAUGGCAACCAUCUAUAUAAGACUGGAUGACAUAGUAAAGACUAAAGAGGACUCUGAAUACUCCAGACUCUCCCACUUCAACAAGGGACUGAAACUUCUCAAAGAAACAUUAGAAUGUGAGAAAACACGAAAUAAAGCUCUUGCCUGGUGUUAUGUCGGCGUCAUGUUGGAGAGAAAGGAAGAGUUCAACACUGUGCCCAUGUCCAUACAUGACUGUGGUUACUCAGCCUCUGAUCCCCUGUCCUGCUAUGGAACUGCCAUAAACUUGGCCAGUGAUGAUGCAUUCACCCUGAACCUCCUGGCAAAGGUCUUCUUUCUGUUGGGCAAACAUGAGAUGGCCACAGGGAUCUGCAACAUGGCCCUAAAUGUGCUCCCAGAUCCAGAGCUCAACUGGCAGGCGUACUGUACCCGUGCCAAGAUCAAUAUGAUGCUCUAUGCCAGGGACCUGGAAAAGGCAAAACAUGGUCAAGGUGGAAUCCCAGAUCGACAGAUGCUAACUGAGGCCAGAAAAGACUUGGACAAGGUCCUUAUUGUCCAUCCAUGUCUACGGACUCAUCUAGAGAUGGCGCAGGUGUACUACUACAUGGGCGUUGAUGCACUCCAGGAGAGUCUUUUGGUGGAUGAAGGGGCAGUGAACUGCGCAUUGGUUAGCUUGUCCCACGCCCUGCAGUUUGAGCUGGGUGACAGCUUGCCGGACCUUCACGUACUGAGAGGUCGUUGCCUCUUGCUGAAGGGUGAGGAGCAGAAUGCUGCAGACUGCUUCAAACAGGCUGUGGAGUUAGAGAGACCAGGGAGCACAGACACCACAGCUCUGCGCUGCCUUCUACAGGCCCUCCUGGCUCUGUUCAUGCAAGGAGGCCCAGAGCCAAGUCCUGCCAUCACCCAACUGGAGCUGUGGGUGCAAAGAGCAGAGGAGAGGUACCCUGGGGACAUCGUGAAGGCAGAGCUGAGGUGCCUUUACAGGACUCACACAGCGGAGGUCACAGAGUUAUCCCGGGCUCUGAUCAGGACAGGCAGACUGAACCUAGUGAGGAGGCUACUCGAAACUGUGGUGCCGAAACAACUGGUUAAGAAGAAACCAGUGGCAAAGUCUUUCUCCUUUACAUGAAGCAAAUGUGUGACUUUAAUGAAUAUACAGACAUUAAAGUAAUUAAUGAACCUCUUGACAGCAUUUCACAGCUAAAACAUGAGCAGCAGUCAUGUGCUGUAAUUAAGAUGUCUUUACUGUGUAACUGUGUAUGUUUUUAAGCUGUGAUUCUUCUCAUUAAUUUGCUUGGGUUUUUUUCAACAACUUUUGAAAAGGUUGGAUCUAUUGAGUAACCUACACUCACAGUGUUACAACUCACUUUACAACGCUUUACAAUGAAAAUAUGCUAAACUCCUUGAGAUUUUGUGCAAAAUAAGACGGUCACGACUUUCAAAAGCAUUGCUGGAUUGAAGAGAUAGAGAGGGAGCUCUGGUGUAUUCGGUCAGGAUGCCCCAUAUGCCUGUCUACAUAUAAAUGACCACUAUUCAGAUUAGCCCUUAAAACCCAGCACAACCAGUUUUAUUUCUGCUUGGGAGUAUUUAAAUCAUGCUUGACUACCUCUCCUUCAUGUGAUAAAAGUUCUGCCACCACUGAUGACCAGCAGGUGGCGGUAUACACCAUUGAGAUGUUACCUGGCUUAUGACAUGUUCUGGUUUUAAUGCAAAAAGAAUUAAAUCACAUGUCACAAGAACUUUAGAAAGACUAUAAAUAAAACUAAACUAGUUUUGAAUCACU